AUGUUUAUCCUAAAGUAUAUUCUGAUAGUGUUUGCCAUUGGAAAAGCACAACUGACGACAAUAUCUGCGUGUACCGACCCAAACAACUUAAGUCUAGAACUAGCGAAUGCAUUAUAUGAUCUAUACACAGAUGAGAGAUUUGUUAAUUUCUCUUUAAACAUCAUACCAUGUUUGACAUCCAACAAUAUCAUUAGGAAUAGUCCUGAGCGUUCACAAGAGGAUGCGCAAAACCAGGCACCAGCAGGAUCAUGUCUAAUUCCACAAAAUGGAGGGUCUGUUAUCACUGAUGAUGGAAACAAUAAUCGUGAAAUGUGUCCUUGGAGUUUUGUCAUAGAUUAUGAUAACAACAGGAUCCCAAAGCAGCUGGCGAAAGCUGUAUGCCAAUGUGCGCAUUGUCACAGAGGCUCAUGUCGACCUAUUAAUUCAUAUAUUCCAAUAUUAAGAAAGGAGUGUGAUUUGAAUUCCGGAAAAUAUGUGUUCAGUAAAUAUAUAGAAGAAGUACCCGUUGGUUGUAGAUGCAUUCGAGCAAGAAGAGCUGUACAAGGGGACAUCUUCAGACAUUAUGCCAUAAGAACGCUGGAGUGAGAAUGCGCAUGCGUAACCAUUACUACAGUGACAUGGCGUCGUCAUAAGUGUUGUAGGAAUUAUAUACAACAAUCUAGUCAAAUUAAAGGUGCAAUGUUUACAUAUUUAGGAUAAUUACUUUUACCUGUACUUCUACUUAAUUGCACACUGUCAUAAAGACGGCAACCGUCAUCAUAUUUUUAUUAGCUCGUAAGUUCUUUUCUUAUUAUGACGCAGUUUAUAAACUUUAGAUUAGUUGAAGAGCAGUAUGACUUUAUUUCAAUGUGUUUUGUUAUUUUUCAUAAUUAAGAUACGUUUGCCUUUUCUGUCAAUGUACAACUAUCUUUCUUGAUAAUUCAUGCAUUUAGCUCAAGUUAAGCUGUAGCAGUUCCUGUAAUAUGAUUUUACUACACUAGAUCUGGUG